ACAUCGGGGUGAAUCUGACAGAUCCCAUGUUCAGAGGACUCUACAGAGGGAAGCAGAAACAUGACGAUGACUUCAAUGAGAUCAUUGACCGAGCUCUCAAAGUAGGAGUUGAAAAGUUUAUGAUCACAGGGGGGAGCCUUGACGACAGCAGGGAAGCUCUUAAACUAGCUGAGACCAGAGAUGAGUUCUACUGCACGGUCGGCUGCCAUCCCACCCGGUGCGGCGAGUUCGAGCAGAAUGGAGAAUCCCAGUAUUUAACUGGGCUGAGGGAGCUGGCAGCAGCACACAGAGGAAAGGUGGUGGCCAUACGCCCCGUGGUGUGGUGUGAAGAACACUCAUGCCGGGUCCAAAUGUGUUAAAACUACAUUUCCCACAAAGAAGAAGUGGGAGGCAGGACACUGCCUGAAGGACCGGAAUGAGCCCUGUCAUAUCAUACAAGUCCUGGAGGUGAUGGCAGCAGCGAGGGAGGAGGAUCCACUGGAGCUGGGCAACACAAUCUACAACAACACUGUCAAAGUCUUCUUCAGCUCAAGCUGAUAAUAAAUGACAUCAUCAGA